AUUAAUAUUAGAGUAAUGAAAAGCGUCUCAGCCUCUCUUUGUUUGUUUACUGUCACAUGGCCUCGGACGUCCGCUUUCUUCCGGGUUGUGUCACUUUGGCAGCAGUGCUGUCGCGAGACGGGCGCCGAGUUCGCGCGCCCUCAGCCGCCUCGCGCGUUUGGUCCACCUGUGCGACCCGCGGGAAAAACAAAACGAGACAAGACACCCCGCUGCGACUCCCAGAAACGCGGCAGGAACCACAGGAUGUGGAACGAGAGGAACCGGAGUCCACCUGCUGACCGCUUUCAGGCUGUUGCCGUCAUCAUCUUCGCGCUGGGUUUGGGAACGCUGCUGCCCUGGAACUUCUUCAUCACGGCCUCUCAGUAUUUCAACGAGCGCCUCGGCGUUCCCAACGUCACCGCUAACGGCACAUCGGGCGGCGCGACCAGAGACUACAACUAUGACAGCUGGAUGGCCCUGCUUUCCCAGCUGCCCCUGCUGCUCUUCACCCUGCUCAACUCUUUCCUGUAUCAGUGGGUGAGGGAGCGCGUCCGUGUGGCCUUCAGCCUGAUCGCCAUCUUCUUCCUCUUCUCCCUCACUGCCGCUCUGGUCCCGGUCCCCAUGCAGCCGGACACCUUCUUCUCCGUCACCAUGGCAACCAUCUGGUUCAUCAAUAUGUUCGGUGCGGUGCUGCAGGGCAGUCUGUUCGGCGUGGUCGGUCUGCUCCCUCCUCGUUACAGCACCCUGUUUAUGAGCGGUCAGGGUCUGGCCGGGAUCUUCGCCGCCAUCGCCAUGCUCUGCUCCAUCUUAGGUAACGCGGACAAGCGCUCGGCUGCCCUGGGAUACUUCAUCACCCCGUGCGUGGCCGCUCUGGGGACUCUGGUCUGCUACCUGCUGCUGCCACACCUGGAGUUUGCUCGUUUUUACCUGAACAGAGGUCAGUCCGGUGAAGUGGAGUCGCCGCAGGAGCUCCUCAGCAGCGCAGACACCAAGGUCCUGAACGGCAAGGUCCUCGAAGCCAAGGGGAAGUUCACCGGUGGACCAGAGGAGAGUCAGGAGCGCUCCUCUGUCCUGGCUGUCUUCAGAAAGAUCUGGCCCAUGGCUCUGUGCGUGACGUGCGUGUUCGCCGUCACCCUGUCGGUGUUUCCUGUCGUCACGGUCCGGGUGCGGAGCGUCUACAAGGACAACGCGGCCUGGAACCAAGUGUUCACCUGUGUUUGCUGCUUCAUCGUCUUUAACAUCAUGGACUUGGCCGGCCGCAGCGCUCCGUCUCUCGUCCAGUGGCCAUCGCAGGAGAGCCUCCUGUUUCCUGCCGCCGUGUUGUCCCGAGCAGUCUUCGUCCCCCUGCUCAUGAUGUGUAACGUCGAGGGCUCCAGGCUCACCGUCCUCUUCAGUCACGACUGCGCCUUCGUCGCCAUCGUGGCUCUGUUCGCCUUCUCCAACGGGUACUUGGCGAGCCUCUGCAUGGCCUACGCUCCACGGUCGGUGCGGUCUAAGGACUGUGAGACUGCCGGCUCCCUGAUGACCUUCUUCCUGGUCCUGGGUCUGGCUCUGGGAGCGUCUCUUUCCUUCCUACUGGGAAAGCUGGUUUAGACGACCGGGACGAGCGGAC